AGGUUAUGUUUAUUGACAAUUGACAUAACCCCACUUUACGUUUAAAAGUUGAGCCCAUUUGAGUGCAGUUUUCAAUAUUUAUCAGUGAAAAUUUAAAAAAUGAGUGAUUAUGAUGAAAGUUUUGAUGAAGAUGACGAUGACUGUGGUAUUUUGAAACAAGCACUUCAUGUGGAAUUUCCGGAAAACUUCAAUCCGAAUAAAGUGCCCCAGACUGGUGAAGAAUAUUUACAACACGUUAUUUAUGAAAGACGUCAGUGUAAAACCUGGCUCACUGCAGAUAUUGAUAGAAGCAAAUUUUUAAAUCAGCAAACCCUGAAACUGGAAGUGGGAAAUCGAAUCAACAAAGGAUCCCCUUUACUGCUUCCAUCUAAAAAGUGGCAAACACAAAAAAUUGAUGAAUUUACUAGUUUUCAAAAAUUCAUUUGUUUCAAAAUUGAUAAAGAAUCUACAGUUUCAUCAUUUAAUGAAGAGACAUUUUUGAACAAAGUUUUGUUACAAGAUCCCCAGUUUUCUGAACUUGCAGCUUACACUCAAGCUGCUAAAAUAAGAAUGUUUCAAAUAAUAUCAAAGCAUGUGAAUUCAAUACCAAAGGGAGAAAGCCUGGGAAAGAAAAUGGGAGCUUGGAUUUAUGCAAUUUUGACACUAUUAGAAAAACCUCUAAGUCCUGAUUCAUGCUACACCUUGCGUGAAUUUGCCAAGAGGUGCUUAGAUUUAAGAUCCAAUUUAGAUGAACAUGCAAGUGAAGAAUUGUACAUGCCGUUAAAUUUAUUCAUUUGCAUUAUCGCUAGAUUUUACAACCAGCUUGAUUUAGCGGACCCUUUCUGAUUAAAAAGUCUAUUCAUUUAA